GACAAACUAACUGUGAGCAGUAGAGGUAGCUGUGGACAACCUGCAGGACGACAACUCUCCUUUGUAAAAGUCAAGGACUUUCUGACUUCUUCUGAACCAGCUCUGAUCCUGAAGCUUCUCCGAGUUCAAAGUAACAUCAGGAGGGACAGAACCAGUGGACCAAACCAAAAAGGUUUUCAUUUGGACAUUUGCAAACAAUCUGGGAUUUUUUUUCUUUUAAACAACAAGAACAAAACAGCGCUGAAGGAGAAAAGAGGAACAAAUCUUUGGUUGUCUUUGGUUCCAAACCAAAGACAACAACUGGGAGAAGAAAUCUGGUCACAUACUACAAAACAUUUUUUUCAAGAAUGAAUAAAAGCUAAGAAUAGAAGGCUUAAACGAAGCCACAGCAGGAGAAGGACAAUUACUGCCACCCAAUCAUGCUGCUGGAUAUUUGUCCUUCAGAUCAGAUCUGAUGAAAUAAAAGCAAAAAUAAAACUAGACAGAAGCAAAAUCCAAUUCCAUUUCUCAUUUGAGAUUUUCUUUAUAAAAAUACAAGAAGAAAAUACAAGAACAGAAUUCACAAGCUGAAGGAACAGAACGUGAAAAGAGUUUCUCUUCUUGCUUAACCAAGAGAAGAUUCCUCAAGCGAAGACAAUUCCUCUGGGACUGUAAGGCUUAAGAAGAAAUAGUAAAAAAUGCAGAAAUGACAGAAGCAAAACAUUAGUGGAAGAAAUAAAGCAAAAUAAAGAAGAAAACCCAUUAAGGAUAAAUCAGAAACAUUUCAGCCUGAUCAUGCAGCUCCUCACGUUCCUUGCUGCUCUCUCCUCCAUCCUCCGCCCUGCUCCCUCUCUGGCUCCUGCGGCCAGCGUGGCCCUCAGCCGGCUGGACCGCUGGGUCCGCUCAGGGCUCCAGGUGCUGCAGUGGGACCAGCUGGAGCGCUGCCUCCGCAUGUCCUCCAUGUCUGAGGCAGACUGCAGACGGCUCAGCCACCUGCCGCUGUCUUCUGUGGCCGUGUACAUGUCGGAGCAGCACAGCGUUGCAGAUCCCUCAAACAAAGUCCUGGCUAUCCUGCCCGACUUUUCCAGUGGCAUGCUGAGGUCCAAGCUGAGAGGAAGCUUCAGUGUUGGGCGGAUGCUGAACAGACAUUAUCAGCCCCUCUACAGUUCAUCUGCCCAUGAUGUUGUUCUGGUUCUGGAUCCAUCACCAGGGGAGAACUUUGGACACCCUGUGGUCCUCUUUUAUGUGGACAUGAAUGUAACAAAGAAAAAAUGUUCCCACCUGGAUGGAAUUUAUUUGGGAGAUGAGUGUUUGACUCUGGCUUUGAAGGGUCGCUGCCAGAACCAGCUGAAGCGCCACCAGACUGGUCCACAGAGGCUGUUUGGCAGCAGACGGGUGGCAGGUGGGACGCUGAGUGGAGGCAUCGCUGGCAGCCGCCUGCUGGAACGAGCCAUCGGAGGUUUCUGUGAAGUUCACUUUCUGCCACUGGUGGUUGCCGUCGGAGACAGCAGUUGGACGCAGAGACUCAGAUGUGUUGACAACGCAGAGUUUGCCAGGUGUCCCCAGCAGCUUCCCAUGAGCUCUCCCAGUCUGCCUGUAUCAAGCUGUGAGCUCAAUAAAAACACCAGGCGCUGCCACCAGCAGCCACUGGCCACACACCUGUCCUGCCGCCUCUACCAGACCUGUGACCAUGCCGUUCUCAUCUCAGGUGGUUGGCAGCCUCAGAUGACAUUUCAGCAUCAUGCUCAGAAUCUUCAGAAAUUCUACAAAAUGCUCAGAAACAAUGGUUUUCAUAAAAAUCACAUCAACACUUUCUUUGCCAGCAGUGGACAGCUUCUAGAUGUAGAGGGCGUCUACUCAGCAACAGAGAAGGCAGUAAUCCGUAACCAUGUGUCAUACAUUUGCCGGAAGCAGCAUUGUGCCGACACUCUGGUUCUGUACCUGAACUCACCAACACGCACUGAUGGAACCAUGCUGCUGUGGGACGCCAACCUGAAUGGCAUUGCUGACCUGAAGGAGCGCUACUCAGUGAGCGAACUGCUGGCUGACCUGGCCGGCUGCAGGGCCACCCGGGUUCUCCUGUUUGUAGAUCAGAGCUACAGUGGGGUCUUGUCCAAAAGGCUAAGAAGUUCCCAGAAACACCAUAAUGUGGUGUUGAUCCAGCAUCAGUCCCACCAGACCCACAGGUUGUUCCCGGGCUGGGAUGAUAACAGCUGGUCUUCUAUCACUGCUGCCACUUGCCUGUUAGACCACCUGGAGAAGGUUGAUGGGACGUCCAGGCACUUGGAGCCAUGGGCCGGCCUGUUAAAUGUGACGUUGGCAGGAGCUCCGUGUAACGUGACCCCCCCUCUUACAGACAGUGAGAUGCAGCGAGAAUAUCAGGGCUGCCAGAACCUGCCGACUGCUCUGUGGUAUCAGAAGCAUGGGAGGACCAACUGAGAGACACCAACAGACUUAUCCAAACAGGACAGGCAUGGAUUUUUUUAAAUCUCCAAAGUAUGUUUGCCACUGUGUGUGUCUGUGUGUGGAGGCUAAUGCUUGUUAAAACUUCAGUUUAACUGUGUUACACACUACUGUGUGUUUAUUUUAUGACAUAAGUUUACUCAUCUCAGUGGGAUGCUCUGAACACCAUGUGAUCUGUGUGUGUGCGUGUUGGCGCGUGUGUGUGUGAGUGUGUGUUCACGGGUUCAGCAAAAGGACAGCCUAUCUCAAGGGCCAGCACCAGCUUACAUUAUGGUCAGAGUGUGUUUGUGUACAACACGUCUUGUGAGCACUUUAACAUUUUAGAUCCAAACAUCGGCCUAUUUUUAUCCUAACACCGGUGUCCUUUCAUGAUUUUAUUUUAAUCUGCCCUGAAUUCAACAGUUUUUAUCUUCUCCUCUGAAUCCUGUUCACAUCGUUUUAAAUCUAACUUUGAAGUUGUUGUGUCAGCUGACCACCAAGACUUUCUUCUGAUUGCUCAAAAUUUCUUCUCUUAAAAAGACAGACCCAGUAAAAACACCAAAAUAUAUCUAUUAAAAUAGUGACUGUGGAAAAUUAAUAUAAC